UCACAUUCUGUCACCUAUGACAAUUGUAAAUCUGUAAGAUGGCUAAUGUGUUUUCAGGGUUUUCUGAUAUCUUCUUUUGAGCAUUUUAUUUGCUUUUAUUCACCUACUACAUUUUAGAAGGAAAAGUGUGUAUAACUCAUUACAGUUCUUAAUUACCAACUCAAUAAUUUGCAGGCUAACUGAGCAAAGACUUUGGCUUAAAAUGCAGUUUGGAUGAAGUAGUUUAUAAAACACAGUUCUGUCAUAUGCACACUGGAGGACUGUCCUGAAGAGCUGGCAGGAGACCUGGUCGAGUGCAAAGAACACUUAAGAGUUAAAUGCCAGGUGGCAUUAUGUAUUGCUUAGUGUUUAGCAGAUUUGAUAAAGAAAUUGCAAAUAUCACAUGUUGGUGGAUUCAUAUAUUUCUUAGAUAUAAUAAGCACAUGUUGAAGUAUUUACCUGUUCUUGGGGAACUAAAAUCUAUAUGUGUAUCAUAAGUGAGAGGCAAAUAAUAAGGGCUGUUCUGAUUCUUAAGUACAUUAUUCCUUCAUAGACUUGGAAUAUAUUUCAUUCAUAAUGCAUUUAGAAAGCAAAAUUACAUUUCUGGGCAAAGUCUGAGUUUUAUUGUCUGUUCUUUCCACUAUCAAGUCUUCAGCCACCUAAUGAGUAUAUUGUAUAAUGCAGAUGUACAUUAUGUAAUCUGAAUGCAGCCCUUUUUAUAGAUUAGUUUAAUAAGUGUAACUAAUGGAUUCUGUUUUCUUACAUAAUUUGUUAUUCAUUUAUACUUUCAAUGAGGUUAACCAAUAGCACAGCAAAUAAACUAAUCUAAGUUUUUCUCUUGUACUAAUUCACAUACAGUUUCAAAUGUCAGAUCUGCGACGGAGGUGAUGGCAGUCAGAUAAAAGAUGUUCAAAGAUUUAACCAAAGCCUUGAAAUGUGUUCUUACUAAAGGGGAAAUUCAGUUGAAUGAGAAAUAGACUAAAACAUCACAGUGUCUUCCUUCUUUCAUUCAUUCUGCUUUCCCACUUUUUCAUUGAUUGAUAGCAUCACCAUAGGAAGUAAGUGCAUGUAAAAUUCACUUGCUGUAUGGUUGAAUAUGAUCAAGGGAUAUUGCUGGGAGAGGACAAGAAUCUAGAGGCUGAUACUAUUUUGCAUGGGUGUACAGUGUUUAUUUGGACAUACUUUAGGAAUAUGCCUCAUAUUCCUUGAUGUUAAUCAGGAACUGAUAGCUGUUCAGGAAGAGAAGACCUUUUUAGCCUUUCUGACUUCUGUGUUUUCUACUGCAGCUUGGAAGUUGUUCUCCCUUACUAGCUGAGAGUUCAUACAUCUCCUCUGUAGAUAUUGUGGCGUAUGGUUCUGCUUGUCCAAUAGGGGGGUGUUGCAUCUUUCCACAUUCAGUAUCCUUUUCCCUUGGAGUCUGAGAGUAAAACCUCAGCAGUACUCCCUGCCUUUGCCAGCCCGAGGAGUCAGAGACUCAAAGUUGCUCCCAGUUCUUGCGCCUUCAUUGUAGAGCUACAUUCUGCUCAUUGGGCUGCCGAGAAGGACCAGACCGAAACAAGAUUCAGAAGAAUUCUGGAUGUCUUCCAAGCGACCAGCCUCUCCGUAUGGGGAAGCAGAUGGAGAGGUAGCCAUGGUGACAAGCAGACAGAAAGUGGAAGAAGAGGAGAGUGACGGGCUCCCAGCCUUUCACCUUCCUUUGCAUGUGAGUUUUCCCAACAAGCCUCACUCUGAGGAAUUUCAGCCAGUUUCUCUGCUGACGCAAGAGACUUGUGGCCAUAGGACUCCCACUUCUCAGCACAACACAAUGGAAGUUGAUGGCAAUAAAGUUAUGUCUUCAUUUGCCCCACACAACUCAUCUACCUCACCUCAAAAGGCAGAAGAAGGUGGGCGACAAAGUGGCGAGUCCUUGUCUAGUACGGCCCUGGGGACCCCUGAACGACGCAAGGGCAGCUUAGCUGAUGUUGUUGACACCUUGAAGCAGAGGAAAAUGGAGGAGCUCAUCAAAAACGAGCCAGAAGAAACUCCCAGUAUUGAAAAACUACUCUCAAAGGACUGGAAAGACAAGCUUCUUGCAAUGGGAUCAGGAAACUUUGGCGAAAUAAAAGGGACGCCUGAAAGCCUCGCUGAGAAAGAGAGGCAGCUCAUGGGGAUGAUCAACCAGCUGACAAGUCUGCGCGAGCAGCUAUUGGCUGCCCACGAUGAGCAGAAGAAACUGGCUGCAUCUCAGAUUGAGAAGCAGCGGCAGCAAAUGGAGCUGGCCAAGCAGCAACAAGAGCAGAUUGCAAGGCAACAGCAGCAGCUUCUACAGCAACAACACAAAAUCAACUUGCUUCAGCAACAGAUCCAGCAGGUCCAAGGUCAGCUGCCGCCAUUAAUGAUUCCCGUAUUUCCUCCUGAUCAACGGACGCUGGCUGCAGCGGCCCAGCAAGGAUUCCUCCUUCCUCCAGGCUUCAGCUAUAAGGCUGGAUGUAGUGACCCUUACCCUGUUCAGCUGAUCCCAACUACCAUGGCAGCUGCUGCCGCAGCAACACCAGGCUUAGGCCCACUCCAACUGCAGCAGUUAUAUGCUGCCCAGCUAGCUGCAAUGCAGGUAUCUCCAGGAGGGAAGCUGCCAGGCAUACCCCAAGGCAACCUUGGUGCUGCUGUAUCUCCUACCAGCAUUCACACAGACAAGAGCACAAACAGCCCGCCACCCAAAAGCAAGGAUGAAGUGGCACAGCCACUGAACCUAUCCGCCAAACCCAAGACCUCUGAUGGCAAAUCACCCACAUCACCCACCUCUCCUCAUAUGCCAGCUCUGAGAAUAAACAGUGGGGCAGGCCCCCUCAAAGCCUCUGUCCCAGCAACGUUAGCUAGUCCUUCAACCAGAGUUAGCACAAUAGGUUAUUUAAACGAUCAUGAUGCUGUCAGCAAGGCAAUCCAGGAAGCUCGGCAAAUGAAGGAGCAGCUUCGUCGGGAGCAACAGGUGCUUGAUGGGAAGGUGGCUGUUGUGAAUAGUCUAGGUCUCAAUAACUGCCGGACAGAAAAGGAGAAAACAACACUGGAAAGUCUGACUCAGCAACUGGCAGUUAAACAGAAUGAAGAAGGAAAAUUUAGCCAUGCAAUGAUGGACUUCAAUAUGAGUGGAGAUUCUGAUGGAAGUGCUGGAGUUUCAGAGUCAAGAAUUUAUAGGGAAUCCAGGGGGCGUGGUAGCAAUGAACCCCACAUAAAACGUCCAAUGAAUGCUUUCAUGGUAUGGGCUAAAGAUGAACGGAGAAAAAUCCUUCAAGCCUUUCCUGACAUGCACAACUCCAACAUCAGCAAGAUACUGGGAUCUCGCUGGAAAGCUAUGACAAACCUAGAGAAGCAGCCAUAUUACGAGGAGCAAGCCCGUCUCAGCAAGCAGCACCUGGAGAAGUACCCCGACUACAAGUACAAGCCCAGGCCGAAGCGCACCUGCCUCGUGGAUGGCAAAAAGCUGCGCAUCGGGGAAUACAAGGCCAUCAUGCGCAACAGGCGGCAGGAAAUGCGGCAGUACUUCAACGUCGGGCAACAAGCACAGAUCCCCAUCGCCACCGCUGGCGUCGUGUACCCGGGAGCCAUCGCCAUGGCCGGGAUGCCCUCCCCGCACCUGCCCUCCGAGCACUCCAGCGUGUCCAGCAGCCCUGAGCCCGGGAUGCCCGUUAUUCAGAGCACUUACGGCGUGAAAGGGGAGGAGCCGCACAUCAAAGAAGAGAUCCAGGCUGAGGACAUCAACGGAGAGAUUUAUGAUGAGUACGAUGAGGAAGAGGAUGAUCCGGAUGUGGAUUAUGGGAGUGACAGUGAAAACCAUAUCGCAGGACAAGCCAACUGAUAAGGGUCAAAGAUCGUUGUGACCUUAGGACUUCAAGAAGCCCUAGCUGGUUCAUCCUUACCAGUGGCCAAGCACAUUAACUUUCUCAUACACUGACUGUUACUUUAACUGUUAGUCUUAAAUAGUUGGGACAUCAGCUGACUAAUAGACCUCAGCCUCAAAAGGCUUGGAAAGGAGAAAAAAAAAAAAAAACGAAAAAAAAAAAAAGCAAACAACAAUAUCGACAACAAGAGAUUGAAAUAAGCUAUGGGUAAAACAAUGCCAGUAAUUCAGCUGCUACAUCCAAGCACUGAAGUCUUACCCGUUAACUUUUUUUUUUUUUAAUAAACUUUAUGGCUGUUUGUUCUACAAUGUUCUAGAAAUUCUCACUCAGGUACACAGUGCCAACAAGUGGCUUGUGAAUGUGUUUCGUUGUUUUGUGCUACAAUUUUUAAAAAGAAAUAAGUUUUGUUUUGUUUUGGGGGGUUUCUGGGCUUUUUUUUCUUUUACUUUUUCUUUCCUUUCCCUUUUUUUUUUUUUUUUUCUUUUUUAGUUCUUUAAAUGCACCUGACAGAAAAAUGAAAGACGAAUUUCUCUUUACUUCUCUCCACUUUCUCCAUCCCUUUGCUUUAAAGAUGGAAGUCUGUGCAUGGGGGAGGGGGGGAGGGAAAAAGAGCCUGUUUUUAACUUCCUCGCUAUCAUCACAAAACACACAGUUAUUUUCUUUAGAGAGUUUUCUUUAUCUGUUGCACACCACACUACAUCUUUAAGCAAGUGCCAAAUUUGUACUGAAGUGUUGACCAAUUUCAUAUUUUUUCCUUUUCCUUUUUCCUGUUCCUUCUUGAGUUAGGACAGUGUUAUAUCUUAGACAAUCCCUUGAAAAACCUGAUAUACCAGCAGCUGGUGAGAUUUGACUUUUUUUUUUUUUUAAAUGGAAACUGUAGGUGCUGUUCUCAGGUGAAAAGAGAGAGAGACAUAAGAAAUUUAGAGAAAAAAAUAUUUUCUGAUCUUGGAUUUUUGUGUGUAUGUAUGUGUGUGAAUAUGGUACUAACAGAAAUAAAGUUGGACCAUUGUGAGUUAAACCCACAUCUGGGGAUGAAAUCCCACAUCCUCCUAAGUGACUGGUCUAGAAGUAAUCUUGACCUUGACUUUGCACUUCAAAUGACAAUUUAACCAAGUAUAGGGCUCAGAAAUUCUAUUUUUCGGUUUCUAAUGUGAUGGUGAUCGGAGGGAUCAGGCGGCCCUGUGUAAUAGAGGUGUGCGUGUACCACACGGAAGCAGCUAGCAAACGACUCCCAGAUGUCCCUUUUCCCUGGACAGUCGGUUCUACUAAUGUUUGCUACUUAGUGGUUUUUGUUUUUCCUGUUGAUACUUCGAGCAAAACAAUCACUGUUUUUACUGAAUAGAUUUGGCCAUUUCCCAGAAAUACAGAAUUAGCUUAUUUCUCAACAUUCCAUCCUUUCCUGACCAGGAAAAGGAACUGAUGACGACUUUUGUAUUUUUCAUCUCCGUGAAAUGAAGUGGAGGCCUUUUUGCAUUUCAAAAGUGUGGGCCAGGUGCAUUUUCUGCCAUAAAAACCAGGAUUUGAUUUAAAGUCACUGCAGGCCACCAAAGCGGGGCCUGCCUGAGCCCAGGGAUCCCAGCCAGUCCUCUUCCUUUGCUGGGAGGUGAAUCUGCUGAAGUCUAAUUUAGUGUCUGCGGAGCAUGCGCAGAGAGCAACAGCCGAUGCGGAUGGGACUCCUUUUAAAAUUUUGCCAGCCAAACGCCAAGGCAGUGGUAGCACCUGUACAAAUAAAUUCAAAAAUCUUUUUAAGUCAAUUUUGCCAUUAUUUGCGUUUCCACAUCCAGCAGUAAAUACUUGAGCCGGUCGCUUGGAUGUACCACGGUGUUCAUUCUGUCCAGUGGUCAUUUUCCUAUCUCACCCCCCACCAAACACCAUCCUAAAGUUUGACUUUCACAUAUAAAUAAAGAAAAUAAAUACUUUUUAAAAAUUUUCUCUCUCUCAGAAGACUUGCUUUCGGGUUUUGCUUGGAGGAGCUGAUCAUAUCCUGCAUGUCAGAGACUUUGUUUCGUUUGUUUUUUCUGUUGUUUUUGAUGACUGUAUUUUCAUUCAAACUGCCUCUUUUUGCUAGUGUUGUAAUAAUGAUGAUGAUAAAAUAAUAAUAAUAAUAAUAAUAAUGGUCAGCUGUUCCCAGAUUAGUAAGUUAUGUAUAAUUUAUUUUAUUUUGCCCUUUCUAUUUUAUUCUGCUCUGAUUUGGAAGUGCAGCCAAUAAGCUGUUAGAUAUUUAAAAGUAAUUGCUAUCACCAACUCAUAUGUAAUAUGCAUAUAUAUAUACACACACACACAUAUACUUACCAAUAUAUGUGUGUAUAUAUAUAUGUACAUACACACAUGUGUUCACCCACACAGUUUUACUUCUUUUGUAAGUUUUUUUCCUUCUAAAAAUUUGGGCCCCAAUAAUGUCAGUUCUGGUGUUUAAUACAGAGGAGUAAAUUAAUAGGAGGCUCGUGAUCAAUCUUGUCUUAUGCUCUUGUCACUCAUUUUAGUUAUUUAACUGCCACAGUCAUCUAGAGCCAACUUUUGUUUUUAUUUGUUCUAUUUGUUUUUAAGCACUCUGAAAAAGGAAAAAAAGACACUUGCUUUUGUAUCAUUGUUAGGUACAAUGUGAAAACAGAUUUUUUAAAAACUUGUUCUGUCUUUGUUAACAAAUUUCUUCUGACUUACGUGGGGUCACCUCCACGUCUGCUGGAUCCUUAUUUCAUACCAUGUUACCCACAUGCUUGGUUUCCAUUUGAUGACUCUGGGCUACAAGAAUACUUUGUUUUAGCUCCAGGUAGAUGCCACUGAGGCAUUCAUGGCCAAAAUGAAUCCGAAACACCACUGAAUUGACAAAAUAUUGCAUUUGGUUUAAAAUUUCCUUGUUUUAUUGAACGAUAGAAUGAAAUUCUUAAUAGAAAUCUCUAACUGCUGGAACCCAGAAUUUACUUAGUUACAUAUAUGCCCAAGACUAACCUGUGCAUGGACUGAAAUAAAAAACAAGUCCACAGCACUCAUUGAAUUCUCUUGUUACAGCAUUUAAUUCACUGGAUGUCAACAUUUCUUUGCUCUAGUUCUCCCCAGAAGACAAGAAAAACGAAAAUGCUUAUAUUAAUGUUUUGAAGUCACUUGAUGAAAGGUGCUGUGAACAGAGACUUGCUGUGUUGACAUACUGCCUUUUCUGGCAUUUGACUGGUUUAUGAUUUUUGUAAAGGAUCCUAAAACUUUGUAUUCUUUUUCUGUGCCCCAUUAUGACCAAAAAAGAUAAGGUGGAAGAAAUGAGAAUGAAAUCAAACUGAAAUAAACUGUCUCCUCCCUCCUUUCUUCUUGCCUACCCACCUGCUGAAAAUUCUCUCUCCACACCCCCAUCCUUUUUCUCUGUCUCCCUCCACUUUUUCUCUGAGGAAUAAUCUUGCCAGAACUCUGUUUUUUAUACUUGAUGUGAUCUGUUCCUCUAAAUUAGUCAUGUUCUUAUAUGAAUCUAAAAGAAUAUUACUAGAAAAAAUAGUUAAAAGUUGCUUAUUGGUAAACUAAUAAUGAUUUGGCUAGUUAUUACAUUUGAACAGAACACAAACUAUUCUUCAGUCUGUUUACACCUAGAUUAGUUAGGUCAAUGUUAAGGUUCAUUUGGCAUCUACAGUUUAGAGUUACCCAUGUCAUCAGAUUCCUCCUGAAAGACAUAGUCAUUGUUGAAACCAAAUCUUUCUAUAAGGAACAAAUAUUUAAAAUGUUCUUUGGUGAUACUGUUCCCUAGAUUUGAUAUCUGGAAUAGAAUUUUACCUUAAUUAAUUUAAAGAAAAUUAUCUUUAUUUCAUGGUCUCAUUUCAGAUAUUUUCUUAAUCCAGAAGCUGUUAAUAUUCUCAGAAGAAACCUCUUAUAUCACACUUAAAAUGUCAAAAAUAAGUAUACUUCCAUUCAUUCUCAAGGGUAAAUUAUUGAAUUGUAAUAAACAACUGUAUAUUUACAAACAGGUUUAUAAAAUAUUUGUCUAUCAAGUUAAUAAUAAAAACUUAUGGGGUCUACAAGGAAAAAUAUGAAGCCCACUGAAAGUGGUUCAGAUAUCUCUUUGUCUUGUAGGGCAUAGAUGUUUGUUUAGCCAAGCUUAUACAGUAUUUAAUUUUGAAAUUUCCUAUAACUAUCAAUUUACCAGGUUGGAGAUGACAUGUUGAGUUUCCUACUGAUCAAUUCCUGUCCUCUCCAGUGUUUCUGUCACUGGUUCACUAAAACAGUAUUUAUAUAGCUCCACGGGCUCUAAAGCUCUUAGUCUUUCUGACAUUUUGGAUUUUACAAGUAAAAAUUUUUUUAAAAAAUAAAACAGAGACAAUCAAAUGCCUGGAGCUUAAAACAAAGUAUGUGCAACCUACCAUCUCACUUGAAAUUUAAUAAAAUAAAUAAUUAUGUAAAUAUAACAUAGAGUUAUAGAUUUAUAUUUUGUUCAUAACACAUAGUGUAAUAUAAGUUGUAUAUUUUCAUGUUUUUGGUUUUAUGUUAUCAUCCAUGCCACAAUAAAAAUAAAACAGGAGUUUAUGUACUCUUAAAAAAAUAAGAUGUGGGUUGCCACCAACCUGUUUUUUUGUUUUUUGUCUUUUGUUUUUGUUUUUGUUUAUUUUUUUCAUUCUUUUUUCAGUAUUACUGCCGUGCAAGGCACCAAUAAAAACAGCAAAUGUGUUCUUUA